GAAAUUUGUUUAAUUAAAUCGUUAAUUUGUUACAGUGCUUAUUCCCAUUUACCAGCGCCAAAGUUGUGGGUUAAAAGAAAAAAGGCGUACUGUCUCUUUAAGGCAGCCAGCCAGUCUCUUUCGUAUUGAUCAAUCCACCAUUUUCCAACACAGAGCGGCGGCAGUGCUAACACAGCUCCGGCAGCGCGAGAGAGAAGAGAGCCACCCCUCUACCUGGAGAGGAAGCCAGGGACCGGGGGCAGUCAUGGCAGCGAACAUGUACCGGGUUGGAGAUUAUGUUUAUUUUGAGAACUCGUCCAGUAACCCACUGCUGAUCAGGAGGAUAGAGGAGCUGAACAAGACAGCCAAUGGGAAUGUGGAGGCCAAAGUGGUGUGUUUUUACCGGCGCAGGGACAUCUCCAGCACACUCAUCGCUCUGGCAGACAAACAUGCAAGGGAGCUGGAGGAGGAGAUGGAGAAUCCAGAGAUGCGGGAUCUCCCCGAGAAACAAAAACACCAGCUCAGACACAGAGAGCUCUUCCUUUCUCGCCAGCUGGAGUCUUUACCAGCCACACACAUCAGGGGAAAGUGCUGUGUGACGCUGCUGAACGAGACAGAAGCCCUGAAGUCCUACCUGGACAGAGAGGAUGCCUUCUUCUACUCGCUGGUGUACGACCCUCAGCAGAAGACCCUGCUGGCUGAUAAGGGGGAGAUCCGCGUUGGGAACAAGUACCAGGCCGACAUCACAGACCUCCUGAAGGAAGGUGAGGAUGAUGGCAGGGACCUGGAGAAAAUGGAGGAGAAGAUCUGGGACUCCAACAGCUCACUGACAGAGAAACAGAUUGAUCAGUUUUUAGUAGUAGCACGGUCAGUAGGUACCUUUGCCAGAGCUUUGGACUGCAGUAGCUCUGUCCGACAGCCCAGCCUACAUAUGAGUGCUGCUGCAGCCUCCAGGGACAUCACCUUGUUUCAUGCCAUGGACACCCUCCAUGCUACAGGCUACGACAUGACUCGAGCCAUCGCAGCACUGGUUCCUCAGGGUGGACCCGUCCUCUGCAGGGAUGAAAUGGAGGAGUGGAGUGCCUCGGAGGCCAACCUCUUUGAGGAGGCGCUCGAGAAAUACGGCAAAGACUUUACCGACAUCCAGCAGGAUUUUUUGCCCUGGAAAUCCCUGACAAGUAUUAUUGAGUAUUACUACAUGUGGAAGACCACAGAUAGAUAUGUACAGCAGAAACGAUUAAAAGCAGCCGAGGCAGAAAGCAAGUUGAAGCAGGUCUACAUCCCCAACUAUAACAAGCCAAACCCUAACCAGCUGAGUAACAAUGUAAAGCCAGCUCUGGUAAAUGGAGCAGCGGGUACAGCGGGUACAGCGGGUACAGUGGGUACAGCGGGUACAGCGGUCCCAGGACCUCCAGGCUCAGUGCCGACCCCAGGCUUGGGUAGAGCCUGUGAAAGCUGCUACACCAGCAGCUCCUACCAGUGGUACUCGUGGGGACCUCCCAACAUGCAGUGUCGCCUGUGCGCUUCAUGCUGGACCUACUGGAAGAAAUACGGAGGGCUGAAGAUGCCCACGAGGUUGGAUGGCGAGAGGCCCGGACCCAACCGUAACAACAUGAGCCCCCAUGGCCUGCCCCUUCGCCACAGCGGCAGCCCCAAGUUUGCUGUAAAGACCCGGCAGGCUUUUUACCUGCAGACCACCAGCCUAACACGGAUGGCACGUCGCAUCUGCCAGGACAUCAUCAGACCUCGAUAUAUGGCCAGGCACCCCUACCUCCCAGUCAACACAGCAGCCAUCAAAGCAGAAUGUGCUCUGCGGUUACCAGACAGGCCAAAAAAGCCUUUGCCACUGAAACCUGUGGAACGUAAACCUCUGGAGUCUGUUGUUCGGUAUUUAGAAGCACAUCCCCGUCCAUCCAAGCCCAAUCCACCGACUCGCGGAGGGUCAAUCUCUACAGGCAGUCUGACCCCUAUAAAGUCCUCUCCCAUCCUCAACAACGGCUCUCCCACCAUCCUGGGCAAGCGUACCUAUGAGCAGCACAAUGGACUGGAUGGUGCCAAAUCCAAAGUAUUGGCUCCACAGUGGGACAUUAUGGCCAAACGAGUGAGUGAAGCGGUGCGGCCCUCAUCGUCCCUCCAGGACGAGGUACAUGAACUGGACUGAGCGCUCUGCAGGACAACCUUCACUGCGAACCUCAGUGAGCGGGGGAUAUGAAUUGGAUGAGGCUUUUCCCACUAUAACCAUAGCCGAGGGCAGCUGAAAGGAGACGACAGCAUUGGCCACUUUUCUUCAAUCAGUAUGAGUCUAUCAGACUUCUGAAGACUAAUCGAUCAGUUUGGCUGUGGUCAAUCAGAAAAUGAGCCUGACUGUACAGGACUGUGUUUAUUACUUACAUUUCUCGUUAUUACUGUCUUUGUAAUUAUUGUUAUUGUUAUUUUAAUUUUUUUCUGUUUUUUUGUUUUGUUUUGUUUUUUUACCAGUUAUAACUCAGCUUAUUUGUUUGUCGAUCAAACGUUGAAACUUGAAGUUUCAAGAAAAAUGCUUGCAAAAAACCCUGUGGAAAAGGGUGGAAGGAACGUAACAAAAGCCACUUGCAUCUUCUGUGUUUUUCUUUUUCUCAAGUUUAAAAAGAAAAAAAAAAAAAAAAGAGAGAGAGACGCACUUUGAUUUCAGUGACACGAGUUCAAAAUGUCUUUUGUUUUACUGAAUUUGAAUGCUUUCUAGGAAAUUUUCUGUUGUGUGAGCCGGCCCUGCUCUUCGCCCAGAGAGGUUUAACUUAUUGAGAAAGACUUGGUGUUUUUUCUACCUUUUUCAUAAGUAAUGCAUCUAUGCUUCUAAAAUGUAAUUAAAAAAGGAAAAAAAAGAG